GGACAUUAUAAAACCACAGGUGUUUCGAGUGAAGAAGAAGGAAGUCUUAAGAAAGCUUAGACCCUCUUCCAGCUGCUGGUUUAACACUCUUUAACAAUGUCGCUUUAUAAUUUUUUGCUGAGUUUUGACCUCAAGUUGAUGUUCUUGUUUAUUUUUGUUUUAAUACUAAUAGCAGACUUCCUCAAAAACAGGAGUCCUCCAAAUUUUCCUCCAGGACCAUUUGCUCUUCCCUUUGUGGGAAGUUUCUUCAGUGUGGACCAUAAAUAUCCACACAUUUAUUUUACCAAGCUGGCUGACAUCUAUGGGAAGGUGUUCAGUAUCCGCCUCGGCAGGGACAAUGUGGUGUUUGUGUCUGGGUACAAAAUGGUGAAGGAAGCCAUUAUAACACAAGCCGAGACCUUUGGGGAUCGACCGUACAGCGCAAUCGGUGACAGAGUUAACUCAGGACCCUCAGGUGGGCUGAUCAUGAGCAGUGGUGAAAUAUCGAAGAGACAAAGACGCUUUGCCUUGUCAACUUUACGUAGCUUUGGCCUGGGAAAAGGCAUCAUGGAGGAGAGUGUCUGUGAGGAAGUCCGACACCUGCUGGAGGAGAUAGAGAGAGAGAAAGGUCAACUAUUCAGCCCAGCAGGCCUCUUCGACAACGCUGUGUCCAACAUCAUUUGCCAGCUGGUGAUGGGGAAACGCUUUGACUACAGCGACCACAAAUUCCAGGCAAUGCUGCAGUAUCUGUUCGAAAUGAUCUCGCUGCAGGGUUCUUUGUGGGGUACGCUGUAUGAGUCAUUCCCUAGAGUGAUGAAGCACUUGCCGGGUCCUCACAACAAAAUUUUCAGCCAUAACAAGGUCCUCCUUGACUUCAUUGGUGAGGAGGUAAAGAUGCACAAGAACAACGUGGACCACAACAAUCCCCGGGACUACAUUGACACCUUCAUCACUGAAAUUGAGAAUCACAAAGACUCUGAGCUGGGCUUCACUGAGACCAAUCUGACUGUGUGCUCUCUGGAUCUGUUCCUGGCUGGAACAGAGACAACCUCCAGCACUUUGCUGUGGGCCUUGGUUUUCCUUAUCAAUAACCCAGAUAUCCAGGACAAAGUCCAUGCAGAGAUAGACCAAGUGAUUGGACAGACCCGCCAGCCCACUAUGGCAGACAGACCCAACAUGCCCUACACUGACGCUGUCAUCCAUGAGAUCCAGAGGAUGGGAAACGUCGUUCCUCUCAAUGGAUUCAGAGUGGCUGCCAAGGACACAACACUGGGCGGUUACUUCAUACCCAAGGGUACACUCUUGUUGCCCAACCUGACCUCUGUGCUGUUCGACAAGACAGAAUGGGAGACUCCAGACAGCUUCAACCCAGGACACUUCCUAGAUGCUGAGGGAAGGUUUGUGAAGAGAGAAGCUCUCCUGGCUUUCUCUGCAGGGAAACGGGUGUGUCCCGGAGAAAGCCUUGGCAAGAUUAUGCUAUUCUUGUUUUUGGUCAGUUUACUACAGAGGUUCUCUUUCUCCGUUCCUGAUGGGGUAGAGCUGAGUACAGGGGGAACUACUGGCCUUACACAUGCACCGCAGCCCUACAAGGUUCACGCCAAGGCUCAACAGUCUUUAACAAUGUCGCUUUAUAAUUUUUUGCUGAGUUUUGACCUCAAGUUGAUGUUCUUGUUUAUUUUUGUUUUAAUACUAAUAGCAGACUUCCUCAAAAACAGGAGUCCUCCAAAUUUUCCUCCAGGACCAUUUGCUCUUCCCUUUGUGGGAAGUUUCUUCAGUGUGGACCAUAAAUAUCCACACAUUUAUUUUACCAAGCUGGCUGACAUCUAUGGGAAGGUGUUCAGUAUCCGCCUCGGCAGGGACAAUGUGGUGUUUGUGUCUGGGUACAAAAUGGUGAAGGAAGCCAUUAUAACACAAGCCGAGAACUUUGGGGAUCGACCGUACAGCGCAAUCGGUGACAGAGUUAACUCAGGACCCUCAGGUGGGCUGAUCAUGAGCAGUGGUGAAAUAUCGAAGAGACAAAGACGCUUUGCCUUGUCAACUUUACGUAGCUUUGGCCUGGGAAAAGGCAUCAUGGAGGAGAGUGUCUGUGAGGAAGUCCGACACCUGCUGGAGGAGAUAGAGAGAGAGAAAGGUCAACUAUUCAGCCCAGCAGGCCUCUUCGACAACGCUGUGUCCAACAUCAUUUGCCAGCUGGUGAUGGGGAAACGCUUUGACUACAGCGACCACAAAUUCCAGGCAAUGCUGCAUUAUCUGUUCGAAAUGAUCUCGCUGCAGGGCUCUGUGUGGGGUACGCUGUAUGAGUCAUUCCCUAGAGUGAUGAAGCACUUGCCGGGUCCUCACAACAAAAUUUUCAGCCAUAACGAGGCCCUCCUUGACUUCAUUGGUGAGGAGGUAAAGAUGCACAAGAACAACGUGGACCACAACAAUCCCCGGGACUACAUUGACACCUUCAUCACUGAAAUUGAGAAUCACAAAGACUCUGAGCUGGGCUUCACUGAGACCAAUCUGGCUGUGUGCUCUCUGGAUCUGUUCCUGGCUGGAACAGAGACAACCUCCACCACUUUGCUGUGGGCCUUGGUUUUCCUUAUCAGUAACCCAGAUAUCCAGGACAAAGUCCAUGCAGAGAUUGACCAAGUGAUUGGACAGACCCGUCAGCCCACUAUGGCAGACAGAACCAACCUGCCCUACACUGACGCUGUCAUCCAUGAGACCCAGAGGAUGGGAAACAUCGUUCCUCUCAAUGGAUUCAGAAUGGCUGCCAAGGACACAACACUGGGCGGUUACUUCAUACCCAAGGGUACACUCUUGUUGCCCAACCUGACCUCUGUGCUGUUCGACAACACAGAAUGGGAGACUCCAGACAGCUUCAACCCAGGACACUUCCUAGAUGCUGAGGGAAAGUUUGUGAAGAGAGAAGCUCUCCUGGCUUUCUCUGCAGGGAAACGGGUGUGUCUUGGAGAAGGCCUUGCCAAGAUGGAGCUAUUCUUGUUUUUGGUCGGUUUACUACAGAGGUUCUCUUUCUCCGUUCCUGAUGGGGUAGAGCUGAGUACAGGGGGAACUACUGGCCUUACACAUGCACCGCAGCCCUACAAGGUUCACGCCAAGGCUCGCUGAAUUAUGCAACUGACAAGACUCAGCAAAACACCUAAGGAGAGAAAUCUGUAGUGACUUAACCUUUCACUGUUGUAUGAUUGCCUCAUGUGCUGAGGACCUGUUUAUUCUUUCCUGUAUUUAUUUCUGGGUGAUAAACAGUGUUGGGGGAAGCACAGCUUUACAAGCUAUCAAUUACAAUUAAACUACCCUAGGGAUAAGUCUAGUUUGGUUAAAGCUACUUAGAUAAAGUAGUUCAAACUACUUUGUAAAAACAUUAUCAAAUUGACUGCAAUUGAAAGUGCCCACUUGUUCACACCCAAAACCCAAAACAAUAAAAUACCCCACUAUUCAUGGGAAAGGGCAAGUAUAGCUCGCAAGUCAUGUAUUUAGUAUGCCCGGGAUGAUUCUUCCUCCGAGUUUUGGGAGGUUUAACCAUGAUGACGCUGUGAGCACUGAGCAACACCCGCCCUUUUGUAUAUGCAAAAGGGGUUCAAUUACAGAUAUAAUUAAUUUUACUUUUAUGACCGUAAUUUCUUUCUUGUUACAGUAGUUAACUAAAAUACUAAAAAAAUGGCCAAAAAAAAAAGUAAUUUACUUAAUCAUUAUGCAAAUAUGAAUGCAGUUUAACUACCAGAAAGUGACUGCAAAAUGAAGUUAAACUACUAGUUGAAUUACAUGUACUUCACAACUUCCCAACACUGUUGAUAGUUAUUUUAAAAAAAUAUUGUAUUAAUGCCACUGUUUAUAAAACAUUUCUCAAUGUCAUUGUAGUUUUUAAUCACAACAUGUAUAUAGAUUAGUUAAGUUUUCUUUACAGUAAUAGGUUAUUAGUUAAUAAUAAUAACUAAAAUGAAUAAUAAAACAUUGAAACACA